CACGUGAGGGGCAAUGGCUGCCAUGGCGGAGGAAGAGGAGGAGGAGCGGGCGCUGCUGGGCGAGCAUGGCGGCGGUACCGGUGGUUCUCCGGGUCCCCCCCGGGCCCUGCCCGCUGUCUGUGACCCGCGGAGGCUGCCGCACCGCCUCCUGGUCCUCGCCCUCAUGUGUUUCCUGGGGUUCGGCAGUUACUUCUGCUACGACAACCCGGCGGCUCUCCAGACGCAGGUGCAAAGGGACAUGAAGGUGAACACGGCAGAGUUCAUGGCUCUCUAUGCUUGGUAUUCCUGGCCCAACGUGGUUCUCUGCUUCCUGGGAGGCUUUCUGAUAGACAGAGUGUUUGGGAUCCGGUUGGGAACUGUGAUAUUCAGUGUCUUGGUUUGUGUGGGGCAGGUGGUGUUUGCUCUGGGAGCUCUGCUUGAUGCUUUCUGGCUGAUGGAGGCAGGCAGGUUCAUCUUUGGCACAGGGGGAGAAUCCUUGGCAGUGGCACAGAACACUUAUGCAGUCAGCUGGUUUAAAGGCAAGGAGUUAAACCUUGUGUUUGGGUUGCAGCUGAGCAUGGCCAGAAUUGGGAGCACAGUGAACAUGAACAUUAUGGGAUGGAUUUACUCCAGAAUCCAGGAUCUCUUGGGGCACACUGGUUCCAGCACUCUGGGGUUAACCCUCAUGAUAGGUGGUGUGACCUGUCUCUUCUCCCUGGCCUGUGCAACAAUCCUUGCUUACCUGGACAGGAGAGCAGAGAAACUCCUUUGUAAAGAGCAAGGGAAAACAGGUGAAGUGAUUAAGCUCACAGAUGUGAAGGAUUUCUCCCUGUCCUUGUGGCUGAUCUUUGUCAUCUGUGUCUGUUACUAUGGAGCUGUUUUUCCUUUCAUUGGGCUUGGAAAGGUUUUCUUUAUUGAGAAGUUUAAAUUCUCAUCUCAAGAAGCAAGUGCAAUUAACAGUAUUGUGUAUAUCAUCUCAGCACCCAUGUCCCCUGUCUUUGGGCUCCUGGUGGAUAAACUUGGAAAGAAUAUCAUCUGGGUUUUAUGUGCUGUAGUAACUACCCUUGCUGCUCAUGUUAUGUUGGCUUUUACCUUCUGGAACCCCUGGAUAGCAAUGUGUUUGCUAGGAGUUGCCUACUCACUGCUUGCCUGUGCCCUCUGGCCCAUGGUUGCCUUUGUUGUUCCAGAGCACCAGCUGGGAACUGCUUAUGGCUUUAUGCAGUCCAUCCAGAAUCUGGGUCUGGCAGUUAUUGCUAUAGCAGCUGGGAUGAUUCUGGACACAAGAGGAUACUUGUUUCUGGAAGUCUUCUUCACUGCUUGUGUUUGCUUGUCACUAGUAGCUGUAGUCAUGCUGUAUUUUGUGAACCACCUCAGAGGGGGAGAUCUCAACUGGUCUGCAAAGAAAAGGAAAAAACUGCAAAAAGUAGCUGCAACUGAAGCUGAAGAACAAGAGAGGCUCAGACGUCAGACUGAAGAAGACUUGGCUAAAUUACAGCCCAAAGCUGAUGACUUUAGUUUAAGGAAUAAAUACCUCUCCAAACUAGGAGCUCAGCUCCCAGAUAAUUACUCCUCCUACUUACCCACCAUGGCUCACAGGAGUGUGUUGAAAUAACUUCUUCCCCCACUUGCAAAGGCAGAAACACACUGAAGGUCCUGGGGCACUAAACUUUGUUUCCAGUACUGAUGACAGCAAAAAGCAGAGUGAUGCACCCUGGUUUUAAUGUACCUUGGUCUAAGCUGCCCCUCUGCACUGGGGAUAAAAAACAGAGAUGUGGAUGAAGAAGCAUCUGGCUGCUUGUUGGAACUGAUGUGCUGUGUACUGCACCCUCCUCUCUGAAAUACUCAGUGAGUAGCUUGAGGCAGUAGCAAAGACUUGGUGUCCCCAGUGCUGAAAUGCAAAAACUUUGCUUUGGUAAUCAAAUAGCUGUGAAUUGAGCCUUGGUGCAGGUCUGAUUUAGCCUCUGGAGUUGGACAACUUGGUUACCAUGUUGGAAAUGGCCCGUUUUGUUUUUCUUAUAGAAAAAAAAAAUAUGUGGGAAGAAUUACCUGUUAGUCCAAGGAAAUGGAACUAUGCAAUUUCAGUGUUACAGACCUGGAGCUGAAUACCAGGUCCCAGGCUUAGCAAUAAGCUGGUGGAAGUCCUGAUUAAUGUGAAAAUUGAUUUAUUUUUAAGAGGUUGGGAUUAAAAAUGAAGAGAGUUGAAUGCACUGUUGUACUAAAUAGUACUAAACACACUUUAUUUUUUUUUGCCUACAGUAAUUUAAUCAGAGCUUCUAGAACUCAUGGUCUUAAGGUUGGUUUGUUUGUUUUUGGUUUUUUUUUUUUUAAAGAUACAUUUCAGUGGAGAUUUCUUUCAUGUUCCUGAAAGAUGAGCUGAUCAUCUUCCUGAAAGACUAAGCCAGGGUUGUUUUGCUUUAUAGUUCUGUAGUCUGAGGAGCAAUCUAGGAAGAUAAAAGGAGCAGGUUGUGAACUGUGCUGAGCUUGCUGCUGAAGGGGAGCAGUCAGUGACCUGUGACCAUUUUUAUUGGUGCUUUCUGUGCUCCCUUGGAGAACCAGAGACUGUCAGCUGAUUGAUACAAGUUGCUUUUAUUUUUCCUUGUAGACUUGUGAAUUCUGGGUCUUUUUUUAAUAAAAGCUUUAACUGCA